GUGGUGGCGGAACGGCUCACUUGACGGGCUCAUCCUUGUAGCGGUGGCCGCCCCGGCCCUGCCCGGUGUCUGUCUUGGAGGACCUGCCUCGGCACAGCCGGGCUCGGUCCGGCCUUGCGUUGAUUAAGAAUGACAGCAAUCAAGCAUGCGUUACAAAGAGAUAUUUUUACACCAAAUGAUGAACGCCUGCUGAGUAUUGUCAAUGUCUGCAAAGCGGGAAAAAAGAAAAAGAACUGUUUUUUGUGUGCUACAGUGACAACUGAACGCCCUGUGCAGGUAAAGAUGGUCAAAGUCAAGAAAUCUGAUAAAGGAGAUUUCUACAAAAGGCAGAUUGCUUGGCUCCUUCGAGACCUUGCUGUGGUAGAUGCCAAAGAUGCUAUUAAAGAAAAUCCUGAAUUUGAUUUACAUUUUGAAAAAAUAUAUAAAUGGGUUGCCAGCAGCACUGCUGAAAAGAAUGCAUUUAUUUCAUGCAUUUGGAAAUUGAAUCAGCGAUAUCUCCGGAAGAAAAUUGAUUUUGUCAAUGUUAGUUCACAGCUCCUGGAAGAGUCUGUUCCAAGUGGAGAAAAUCAGAGUGUGACAGGAGGUGAUGAAGAAGUAGUAGAUGUAUACCAAGAGUUAAAUGCAAGAGAAGAACAGGACAUUGAAAUAAUGAUGGAAGGCUGUGAAUGUGCAAUCUCUAAUGCUGAGGCCUUUGCAGAAAGGCUGUCCAGAGAGCUGCAGGUGCUAGAUGGGGCCAACAUCCAAUCAAUCAUGGCCUCUGAAAAGCAAGUGAACAUCCUGAUGAAGUUGCUGGAUGAGGCUCUAAAGGAGGUAGAUCAGAUUGAGUUGAAACUGAGCAGUUAUGAGGAAAUGCUCCAAAGUGUAAAGGAACAAAUGGAUCAGAUCUCUGAAAGCAACCACCUAAUUCAUCUUAGUAACACUAAUAAUGUAAAACUCCUCUCUGAAAUAGAGUUUCUCGUGAACCACAUGGACCUGGCCAAAGGUCAUAUAAAGGCCCUUCAGGAAGGAGAUCUUGCUUCUUCUAGAGGCAUUGAAGCCUGUACCAAUGCCGCUGAUGCCCUUCUGCAGUGCAUGAAUGUAGCUCUUCGUCCAGGCCAUGACAUGCUGCUGGCAGUCAAACAGCAGCAGCAGCGUUUCAGUGAUUUGCGUGAGCAGUUUGCCCGGAGACUGGCCAGUCACCUCAACAAUGUUUUUGUUCAGCAGGGUCAUGAUCAGAGUUCAACUCUUGCUCAGCACUCUGUUGAACUGGCUUUACCCAAUCAUCAUCCAUUUCAUAGAGACUUGCUUCGAUAUGCCAAGUUGAUGGAGUGGCUAAAGAGUACAGAUUAUGGAAAAUACGAGGGACUAACAAAGAAUUACAUGGAUUAUUUAUCACGACUAUAUGAGAGAGAAAUUAAAGAUUUCUUUGAAGUUGCAAAGAUCAAGAUGACUGGCACAACUAAAGAAAGCAAGAAGUUUGCUACACUGCCUCGAAAAGAAAGUGCUGUCAAACAGGAAACAGAGAGUCUUCAUGGAAGUUCUGGGAAAUUAACUGGAUCUACUUCUAGUCUAAAUAAACUCAGCGUUCAGAGUUCAGGGAAUCGCAGAUCUCAGUCAUCUUCUUUGUUGGAUAUGGGAAACAUGUCUGCCUCUGAUCUCGAUGUUGCCGACAGGACCAAAUUUGAUAAGAUCUUUGAACAGGUACUAAGUGAACUAGAGCCCUUGUGUCUGGCAGAACAGGACUUCAUAAGUAAAUUUUUCAAACUACAGCAACAUCAAAGUAUGCCUGGAACUAUGACUGAAGCAGAGGACCUCGAUGGAGGACCAUUUUCCCGGCAACAUAAUGCUGGUGUGCCACUGCCUGUUUCAUCUGAGAAAGAUAUGAUCCGUCAAAUGAUGAUUAAAAUAUUUCGCUGCAUUGAGCCAGAACUGAACAACCUAAUUGCAUUAGGAGAUAAAAUUGAUAGUUUUAACUCCCUUUACAUGCUUGUCAAGAUGAGUCAUCAUGUGUGGACCGCACAAAAUGUAGACCCUGCUUCUUUUCUGAGUACGACAUUAGGAAAUGUUUUGGUGACUGUCAAAAGGAACUUUGACAAAUGCAUUAGUAACCAAAUAAGGCAAAUGGAAGAAGUAAAAAUCUCAAAGAAGAGUAAAGUAGGAAUUCUUCCAUUUGUUGCUGAAUUUGAAGAAUUUGCUGGACUCGCAGAAUCGAUCUUUAAAAAUGCUGAACGUCGUGGAGAUCUAGAUAAAGCAUAUACUAAACUUAUCAGAGGAGUAUUUGUUAAUGUGGAGAAAGUAGCAAAUGAAAGCCAGAAGACCCCCAGGGAUGUAGUUAUGAUGGAAAAUUUUCACCAUAUUUUUGCAACACUUUCUCGUUUGAAAAUCUCAUGUCUAGAAGCUGAAAAAAAAGAAGCCAAACAAAAAUACACAGAUCACCUUCAGUCUUACGUCAUUUACUCUUUAGGACAACCUCUUGAAAAACUAAAUCACUUCUUUGAAGGCGUUGAAGCUCGAGUAGCACAGGGUAUAAGAGAGGAGGAAGUAAGCUAUCAACUUGCGUUUAACAAACAAGAACUUCGUAAAGUCAUUAAAGAGUAUCCUGGAAAGGAAGUGAAAAAAGGUCUAGAUAACCUCUACAAGAAGGUUGAUAAACAUUUAUGUGAAGAGGAAAACUUACUUCAGGUGGUGUGGCACUCUAUGCAAGAUGAAUUUAUACGCCAAUACAAGCACUUUGAAGGUUUGAUAGCUCGCUGUUACCCUGGUUCUGGUGUUACAAUGGAAUUCACUAUUCAGGACAUUCUAGAUUAUUGUUCCAGCAUUGCACAGUCCCACUAAAAAGAAGAGAUAAAUGAAACAAGUGUCUACUAUUUUAUGUAUAUGUAUAUUUAUAUCUUCUUUUCAUAUACAUAUAUAUGAAAAGCAAAGCAAAGAUUUAGGUGCUAGGGAGCCUCUGUUGCUUUAACUCAACAGAUUAGGCAGGAGGAAUGGUUAUAUACAACUUUCCUUAUUUGUGUAACUAAUAACAUGAGACCUACCUGUUGCAGGUGGUCACUUGGAUAUAUGUGCUAACAGGGGCAUGUGAAAGGAAGAACAGCAAAAUUAAGUGUCCCUGAAAGUGACAGAACCAUACUUUUGACAAGUUUAUUUAAUUCAUUGUGGUAGAAAAGGUACAGUUCCAAUAAAUGUAUCAUUUAAAUUUUUAAAAAUUAAAAAAACUUCUGAAAGAAGAAAUGAUAAAUGAAAAAAGCACUCUGAGUACACCAGACAUUAUUCGAAAUUUUCAAGUAACUGUUUUGAGAACCCAGACUUGAAACUUUAUGCAUUAUUAAAUGUCAGAUAAAUGGGUAAUACCAUACUACAAAUAUUCAAGAGCAAAAGUACCAACUUAUAUAGCAGUUUUAGUUGCCCAAUAGGUUGUGUACUAACUUGAAACAUUUCUCUCAUCAUAAAAUGCCUUUAAACAUUUUUCUAUAACUGAACAGAAAGUUUUCUUUAUUGCCUAGUUUCUUGUAUUUGAGAAUGGUUAUCAUAUGUGUAAGGCAUUAGGGGUUCUUCCAUUGCCAUUAAUUCACUAUUGCUUACAAAUCAUGUAACUACUAAAAUAUUGUACAGAAUUUUUUUUCCCUCUAAUUAGUGUGUAUAUGGAUAAGGGAUCUUGUGAUGAUCACUUGUAAACUUAGAUUUUGAGAAUUAUGUGAUUCUAUGUGGCAAAAAAUCUGAAAUAAAGAAAUUUUCCAAAAAAAAUAA